AUGAAUACGCUACUGGGACUCACCGGAUGUCGGCAUAGCGAAGAGUAUUCCGACGAAGACGUGCCCAACCUGCACGGAAAGGUCGCCCUUCUCACCGGAGCAACCGCAGGAGUGUCUCUCCAUGUUGCGAAGGUUCUCGCUUCCAAGGGCGCACGGGUGCUCCUGCUGGCCCGGCGAGAAGACAACCCGGACGCAGCACUCGCAGAUAUUCGCCAACACUGUGCCGAACACGAUAGCCAUAUUCCGGACCCGGACCUGGCGUUCGUCGAAUGCGACCUUGCAAACUUACGAAAUGUGAAGCGUGUCGGAGACGACCUGUGCGAGCGGGAGGCCCGGUUAGACAUAGUGGUCUGCGAUGCCGGGCUGGGCGUGCAGCCAUUCGACGUGUCAGAAGACGGCAUCGACCACCACUUCGCCGUUGGCCACCUCGGACACUUUCUCCUCAUCAACCGCCUCCUCUCGCUCCUCCGCCGGACAGCCGCAUGCAUACCCUCACCAACCCCCUCGUCCACGUCCACAUCUCACCCACACCGGGCCGCUCCACGCAUCAUCUGUGUAUCCUCCGCCCUACACGCCAUCGCCCCCUCGAACGCAAGCUUUCUCUCGCACGCCGAGCUCACUGCGGAAUCGGACUCAGCCUCCUCCCCGCUCGCGCUAUAUGCGCGCGCCAAACUCGCCGCCGUGCUCUUCGUAAAAUUCGGGCUCGCGCCUCGAUUACACGCGCCGGCACCUCCUCCUCGCCCCGAUGAUGGCGCAGGCGACAGCCGGCAAAUCCAUCCUGACCGUCCACGCGGGAUCCUUGCAUUAGCCACAGACCCCGGGCCCAUCCACCCAGGACAGCCCGCCCAGCUCGCGCAGGCAUACGGCCCGCUGCUCGGGUCCGCAGCUAUGCUGGCCACGGCGCCUCUCGAGAGUACGCCUGCUGACGCUGCGCGCGGCACACUCUGGGCUGCGACGGCUCCAGAGCUGGAGCAGGAAUGGGAGCGGUGGCAAGGCGCGUUCGUGAGUGCACCUGUACAAGAGGAUGCGGAAUGUGCCUUGGCGCGGGACGAGGCGCGCGGUGCUCGACUGUGGGCGAUGAGCGAGGACCUGGUGAGGAAGCGGUUAGGAAAGGACGCGUUGCAGCCGUGGACGUGGCGCAGGGAUGAAGGCGAGGGGCAAGGAAUGGAUGGGCGGCGUUGA